GCUAUGAAGAUUAGAAAUAGUUGAUGAAGAAUUAGAAGGACUCCCCGUUUGUUUGCCACCCACUGAGCCGGUCUCAUGAUUUCUGCAUGACCAGGCUUUGUAUCUGGACUCCGCGCUCAUUGCCUUUUGUUCUCGCGCCCCCGGUGGGCAGCCGACGGGCCAGCAGCAGCACAGAGACUCCUUUCACCGGCACCGUUUGUUCUCCUCCUCUCUGCUGUACGCUCGCUCGAGCACGUCCCCUUUCUUCAGCUGAGCGGAAAUGCAUCUGCGCAGCUGCCAUCGCCAAUACGACUGAAUUUCAUCAGAGGUGACUGGACUGGAUCGGAAAUCUCGCCUGCGCUUUUUUUUUUUUUUUUACACACGUGGGGUGUAACAUCUGUAUAAGAGAGGUCAAAUCACAGAAACGUGUCAGUGAUCUUGUACCAGUUUCUAUAAAAACACACAGAGAGGAUUGAGGGCUGAACAUUUGACAUAGCAAACAGAUCUGGAAAGGAUUAUUGGAAAGCUACAUAAAGACUGACAACUUUCAAAAUAACGUGAGAGCCGAAGAGGAGGGUGAAUACGGAAACAGGGAGGGGUUUACUGUCAUUUUGGACUCCUGUUGAAUUCAGCGAGAGCAGAAAAGUGCUUCAGCUGUCUGGACUGAAGAGUGCUUCACACCAUCUGAGUCCAUUAGGUUCGUCUGCUGACUGUGUGCACAGAGGUGUGUGCUCAUCUGGAAUAAGAGCCUGCUCCUUCCGUGAUAAACUUCAACUUGUGAUCUGAAGUAGUUGUCUUCUGAAUAUCUUCCAACAAGCAGCAAAGAUGGAGCGGAUGGAGGAUGAUAAGCCUAAACAGAAGAAGGUAACCUUGUACCUUCUCUACUGUGUUUCCACAGCAGUCAUCGGCUCGCUACAGUUUGGCUACAAUACCGGGGUCAUCAACGCCCCAGAAAAGAAAUUGCGGGCUUUCUUCCACAAUGUGUCUACGGAGCGGUACGUGGAGGCUUUCAACGAGGACACCAUCACUACAGUGUGGAGUUUUUCUGUAGCCAUUUUCAGUGUGGGAGGCAUGAUAGGGUCCUUCUCUGUUGGAGCCAUUGUCAACAAGUUUGGCAGGCGCAAGUCCAUGCUUCUAUCUAACAUCCUGGCUAUACUGGGAGGUGCUCUGAUGGGACUGUCGAGCCUGAGUCGAUCUUUUGAGAUGGUCAUUAUCGGCCGGUUCGUCAUUGGUGUGUUCUGUGGUCUGUGCACGGGACUGACACCCAUGUACGUGGGUGAGAUCUCUCCCACCGCUCUCCGAGGAGCCUUCGGCACACUGCACCAGCUGGGUGUAGUUAUUGGUAUUCUGGUGGCACAGAUCUUUGGUCUGGAGUCUCUGUUGGGUUCAGAGUCUCUGUGGCCUCUACUGCUGGCCCUGACCGCCCUUCCUGCUGUACUGCAGAGCAUCAUGCUGCUCUUCUGCCCUGAGAGUCCUCGCUACCUGCUCAUCGUCCUCAAUGAAGAGGAGGAGGCACGAAAAGCACUGGUGCGUCUGCGCGGCUCUGAAGAUGUGACUGAUGAUAUUCAGGAGAUGAAGGAGGAAGGGAUGAAGAUGGCCAUGGAAAAGAAAGUGACCAUCCUCGAACUCUUCCGCUCCCCAAACUACCGUCAACCAAUCCUUAUCGCUAUCAUCCUCCAGCUCUCUCAGCAGCUGUCUGGCAUCAACGCUGUCUUUUACUACUCCACAGGCAUUUUUGAUAAGGCUGGUGUAACUCAGCCUAUCUACGCCACCAUUGGAGCUGGAGUCGUCAACACUGUGUUUACUGUCGUCUCUCUCUUUCUGGUUGAAAGGGCCGGGAGAAGGACCUUACACCUGAUUGGACUCGCUGGAAUGGCCAUCUGUGCCAUCCUCAUGACUAUCUCCCUCUCUUUGGUGGAGGCGAAAUACCAGUCUCUAAGCUACCUGGCCAUAGUGGCUGUGUUUGGCUUUGUUGCCAGUUUUGAGAUGGGUCCAGGUCCCAUCCCCUGGUUCAUCGUGGCUGAGCUCUUCUCCCAGGGUCCUCGACCUGCUGCCAUGGCCGUCUCUGGUUUCUCUAACUGGACCGCCAACUUCCUGGUGGGGAUAAGUUUUCCUAAACUGGAGCAACUUUGUGGUGCUUAUGUCUUCAUCAUCUUCACGAUCUUCCUCAUCGUGUUCUUCAUUUUCACCUUCCUGCGCGUGCCUGAGACCAAAGGAAGGACCUUUGAUGACAUUGCCCAGGGAUUCGCUGCCAGUGCAGCGAAACAGUCCCAGUCCCCGGUGCCUGAGGCGGUGGUCGUGGGCCUUCCAGAGAGCAAAGAACCUGCACCUAUGUCCCCAACAGAAAAGGUUCCCAUGGUGGAUCUUCCCCCAGAGAAGCAAUGAGCAUGAAGAAGAAGGAAAACUUAGGGUACAACAAAGACAACAGGUUUCAUGCACAUAGAUAUGAGUUAUAUUUUAUAACUCGCAAAUGACAAAAGAGCAGCUUAGUGCCACAGAGUGUGUUUAGAAAAGCCAACUCAGUGUAUUAAUGCAGAUAUAAGAUACUGUUUAGUGUGCCUUUUCAAAAAUUAAAUAGUGUUUUUUUUAUAGAUUCCCUAGUUACAAAUGUUAAAAUAAUUGAUAGAAGUCCCAGUAAGCCUGCUUUAAACACAGGCCAAACUUAAAUGAAUUACCAGUACUUCAUUUUUGUUGACAUUCCCAGUGCCAGCUCCACAUAUAUUCCCAUAUAAGAGGAUCAACAUAUGUUCAGUGUUAAGACCCCAGGCCCUCAGCUACCCCCAGUGUUAAAAGGUUGUAGGAUUUGGGGUUUUACGUAUUGAGGUCAAGCUUGGAAAGCCGGUUUUGGAGCCCAGUAGUUUGACCCAAAAAGACUGACUUGCUGUCCUGUCUGCCUGCCUGAUGUGUUUUAGGGAAGGGAGACAUGUUGUCCUAAGUAAACAUGGAGGAGGUGCUGUACAGUAGCGGUCUCUCUCCCCUUCAGGUGCACAAAAAAGCACUGAGUAUAGACUUAAAAUAAAUAUAUUUAAGCAUUCUGAGAGUAGAUGAUGUAGGUAUUUAUGUGUUUGAACUCAGCAGAGCUUGUGCUGAUAAAGAAGUAACACAAGGACUAUUCUGUAAACUGGUACUGCCUGUAAGAACUAUAUCAUUUGUAUGACAAUGAGAUGUAGUCUAACACUGCCAAGCCUUAACAAAGUCUCUUUACAGGCUUUCUGCUCGUAAAACCACGACCUAGCCUUGUGUAUUUUUUUAUUUCACUGCAGCGUACAGACUGGAUGACACUUGUUUACAGUAUGCAUUACAACAGUUGGAUAUGAAAUGCAAUGCAGCAUUUUGAUGCUCCAAAACUCAGGUGGCUAAUUGUUUUACAGGGCUUCUAACUAUUAUGGUUUAGAAAAGCACUUAUCCACCACUGUACAUGAAAGUCUUUUGACAUCUGUACGUACUAGCAGCAGCUACUGCAUCAUAGGUCACCAAAUCAGAAGUCCUUGUCAGUGUUAAACAGUAUUUCAUCAUUUGAGGGAUGUAUUGCAACACAUUCAAGUCCACUGAUGAUUAAAUAUCAGCAUAUACGUGUCUCAGUCAAAGCAAGAUAUUAGACGUGUGGUGAGAUGUUGAGUAAAAACGCUAAUGAAUUGUAUUUAUUUCACUGCACAGAAAAUGUCUUUUUGUCUGUAAUUGUUUGUCAUUGUCUGAAAUCGUGUGUUUAUCUUGUCAAGUAUCCAGCAUCUGCAUCAUGACCAGCUAUUAUUCAUGCUUACAAAUGUUGUGUGUCAAUGUUUGCACAGUCGCAUCACUGAUAAGGAAGCACUUUUCAACAUUUUAGCUUAACAGUGCUUCAUUUUCACAUUGCCAGUCGGACUACUGUCUAAUGAUUGUGUAUAUUAUGUAUGGCUCUCUGUUAGAUAGAAAUGUGUGUUAGGAUAUGUAUAAUUUUUGUUGUUGCUCAUAAUCCUGUUAAAUCUGUUACAUCCACUCCGAUUUCUCUUGCACUCUAGAAAUACUGUUACUAUGGUGAAUGCUACGGUGUUGCGCCACAAUUUUGGGAAAACAGAAGUGAGAAGUGACGAAGGCUGAGUGUGUGUGAGAGUCAGAUAAGAGUUGACCUUUAUUGUCUUUCUCUUAUAAUCUCUGUUGUCCUGCUGUAAUAAUAUGAGUGACUGAAAAACUAAAAAAGGAAAUAAAGUUGUCCAUAUUUUAA